AUGGCCAGGGGCUCCCCUCCGGACGGUGGCGGUGGAGGCAGCGGCCGCGGCCGCGGCGAGAGCCGGGGCGCGUUGGGCCAGUGGAAGUGCAGGCUGCUGGGCUCCCUCCGCCCGCGGCACCCGCGCUGCGUGGUGUGCCUGCAGGUGCAGCACGUCACCGGCCUGCCCCCGGCAGCGGAGGGCCGUGGGGUGGUGGUGGGGUGGCGGAGCAAGGGCGGCGAGGGGGAGCACACGGCGCCGGCCCGGGUGGCGCGGGGCGCCGCCGCGUUCGACGAGGUGUUCCUGCAGCACUUCACCGUCGGCGGCGCCACGCUGCGGGGCUUCACCGUGUGGGCGGCGCUCCUGGACGCACCCACCAAUAAUGGGGAUCUUGGCGCGUUCCCCGUCGACCUCGCCGAGGUCGCCGCCGCCGCGGCGGAGACCUCCAACAACCCCAGAAAGUUCGGAGGCAAGGCGCUCAGCUUCCCGCUGGGCGGGGCGGCGGCCGGUGCGGUGCUCACCGUCAGCAUCUACUGCAGAGUGAUGGAUCGGCACGAGGACAACCAUGGGGCUGCUAACAAUGGUCAAGCAAGAGAGAAGAAGAACAAGGGAAAAGCAGGCUCCUACGCCUCGUGCCUGCCGGACCUGAGCUGCCUCCGCAACCGGCAGGUGGCGGCAGCGGCGGCAUCCGGUGGGUUGGCGCGCCGUGCCACGUCUAUCCGCUCCGACCGUGGCGGCUUCAUCACCAUCGAGAACUCGGUGGCCGAGAUGGACGGCGGCGGCGGGGCCGGGGCGACCUUGGGCGUGGCGGAGGACGUGGACGAGGAGGAAGGCGCGGGGUUCAUCACCAUGGAGAAGAGCAGGGUGUCGUCGAGGUCGUCGAGCCGGCCGCUGCCGCCGGACACGGUGGAGGAGGAGGAGGAGGACGAGAAGCCGUGCCUGUUGAUGGAGCUGUCGUCGGAGGCGGCGGCGUCGGCGGCGGACGUGGAGAAGGUGGAGGAAGAGUUCCUGGCGAUGCUGGAGGACAGGUACUGGGCCAGGAGCAAGGAGAUCGAGAAGGGGCUGGGCGUGAGCCUGGACAUCGGGCUGGACCUGGGCCUGGACCUGGACUCGCUCAUCAAGGACGCCGAGAUGGAGCUCGCCAAGUCGGAGCAGGCGUGGAAGAGCAAGGUCGGCGCCGCCAUCGUCGAGGAGGAGGAGUACAAGGAGCUCGUCCGGAGGUGGAGCGCCAGGGAGACCAGCCACCACUCUGAUGCUGCUGCUGCCACCGGCUGCUCCUGGGGCUUUGGAUUCGGGAGCCCAAUCUGA